AUGGCAGUCAACAUAUCAAGCUACCCGCCUUUUGGGCAGGUCACUCAGCUUAAAGAUGAAGAUUUCCAAUUCAUUGCCCUCUUAGAAGUAGACAAUGACCUCGCCGAUGAUCCUUGGGAGGUUGCUGUUUGGCAUUCCUCAACUGAUGGGGAUUGGAAAGAGACAUCACUAUCACCUACCCCUACCAGCCACUCUCCAGUACUGUUCCAGGAACCCAAACCUUCAUAUGCUCAAUUAUGUUUCAGCGCACCUUUCUCUAUUUCAUCUUCGAUGAAUUUCACUCUGAAGUUCCGCAACAGCCAUGAUCAACCUUGGAGGUGGUCUCGCGAAAUAUUAGAGGCAACUGAUGGGGUUGUAUUAAUCAACCCAACAGACUCGCUUGCUGCGAUGAGUACUAGUCUCUCAGACAUAAUACAUGGACUAAACCCAAAGUUGAGAGUCAAUACUGCAGCGAGCCAGACUCUCAAUACCCAACUUUGGACUCUACAAGCAAGUGUUAGUUCGUCUGAAGAUGACCGCUCUACCCAUGCUGAAAUGGACAUUGGAAUUCCAUGGGGCGGUGCCUUGCGAUACUUUGCUCUGGUCCGCCAGAGUUCUCCAUGGCUGAGCCCUAGGCACGGUAGCGGUCCGUUCAGUCUAGACAAGGAUGCCGUUAUGUGCUCAUUCUUGAGCGAUCAAGGGAGACACUUGGUCUUAUUAGGUGUCAGUGGACCAGAAAAUGUGAUCACACUCCUUCGUAGCUCAGACUCGGGCUCCGUAAAAUUGCAUAUACGCAAUGACGAGGAAUCCGAAUCAUCCGGUCUAGUUUUAGCUGCGGUCGGCAAUGAUUUCGAGAGCGCCAUAGCAGCUGUCAUGUAUCACGCUCGGACUGUCAUUUUCGCUGCCGGCGACACCCAGAAUGAAUUAACUAGAGAGCUCGAAAAUCUAAGUCUUGACGUUAAGCCUCAAUGGUACGAGAACUGGUAUGAUGGAUUGGGAUAUUGUACCUGGAAUGCUCUCGGCCAACGCUUGACGGAAGAGAAGAUAAUCAAUGCUGUUCAGGCGCUGGCAAAGGACCAAGUCAACAUCAGUAGUCUUAUUAUAGACGAUAAUUGGCAAGAUGUUGACUACCAUGGGGAAGAUUCAACGCGAUAUGGCUGGAAGGGAUUUGAAGCGGAACCGAAUGCAUUUCCCAAUGGACUCAAAGCCACAGUCUCUCGUAUUCGCUCAACACAUCCCACCAUUGAAAAUAUAGCUGUCUGGCAUGCGUUACUAGGGUACUGGGGAGGGAUCUCGCCCGACGGCGGUCUUGCAAAAUCUUAUAAAACAGUCGAGGUUGACCUAGAAGAUCCCAGUAUCACAAGAAACACGGGAACCAUGACAGUCAUCGCGAAAGAAGAUGUCGGCAAUUUUUACGAUGACUUCUAUCGAUUCUUGUCGGAUUGUGGAAUUGAUGGUGUUAAGACAGACGUCCAAUACAUGAUAGACACUUGGGUGUCUUCUAGACCACGUCGAGAGCUGACUAAAACAUACCUUGACAGCUGGAUGAUAUCGGCUCUGAGACAUUUCAGUCUUAGAGCUAUCUCGUGUAUGUCUCAGGCGCCGCAGCUCCUGUUCCACCAGCAGAUGCCACGCAAUAGGUCGCCGCUGAUUGUGCGAAACUCUGAUGAUUUUUUCCCCAAUAUUCUAGCCUCGCAGCCAUGGCACAUUUUUGCAAAUGCUCAUACCACUCUUCUCACUCAACAUCUGAACAUCUUGCCGGACUGGGACAUGUUUCAAACUGAUACAGAAUUUGGGGGUUUCCAUGCUGCUGCGCGGUGUCUAAGCGGAGGGCCAGUCUACAUAACCGAUAUUCCGGGAAAGCAUAAUGUGGACCUCAUCAAACAGAUGACAGGGAAGACACCUCGAGGGAAGACUGUCAUAUUCAGGCCCAGCGUUUUGGCGAAAAGCAUCGACCCCUACACAAGCUACGACGAGCCCGUCAUCCUCAAGAUUGGAAGCUACCAUGGGAGGGCCGGGACAGGGACCCCGAUGCUAGGAGUUUUCAACAUCUCCCUACGGCGGCCACUGAGAGAAAUCAUCGCACUUACCAAUUUCCCUGGUAUUGACCCGUCGCUGGAAUACGUAGCAAGAUCCCAUCGUAGCGGUUUCGUCACGCCUGCUAUAAAACCCAAUAGACCUACUGCCGAUUUUGGAGUAUCGCUAGAUGUCGCGGGUUAUGAUGUACUCACGGCAUUUCCAGUAACGCAGUUCAACAGUGAGACUAACGGCAAGGUCUACGUGGCCAACAUGGGGCUCGUCGGGAAAAUGACGGGGGCCGCCGCCAUCACCUCGUACCAGUUUGAAUUGCACCAUACCGACAAGGCGUUCUUGGAUACGCGACUUAAGGCGUUGGGAGUUCUUGGGGUAUAUAUCUCGAGUCUACCCGACAUGUCAAUCGAGCGGGAUUUCAUGGUCACCAUCCAGGGCGAACCAAUCCCUCCUCAUACAGUGACGAUCAAUGCAGAUAGCGAUUAUGUACUGAACAUCGACGUUGAAACAGCCUGGACGGAGAUGGGUCUAGAAGCAGGUUGGGCCAACGAGGUCGAAGUCAAAGUUUACUUGGACAUCGAAUACCCUUAG